AUGCGACUCCGUGAAAGCAUCCGGCCUCCUGAGCGCUAUGAAUCAGAGCACCUUUACACACCAUUAGUUCAAAGACCACUUCGCCAAUGCAGAAAUGCAAUCCUCCCUCCAUACAUCGAUUUCAACCAAAGCCUGCCUCCAGCCGCAUUUCCCACAAUAAAUUUUCCUCGUCCUCCGGUACCGGGGGCUGAUAACAGCGUACAGGGACAGCAGAUUGCCCAUUCGACCUGUUCACACCAAAGGCGCGAUCAAUCCAGGCAUCAUGGUGAGAUCAAGGAUAACAGAGAGGCAAGGGUCGAUCUCGAGGAUAUCCCAAUCAAUCAGAUCGAUAACUACAUUGCAAGUAAUGGGGAUUUGAAUCCGGUUUAUGUCAAAAACAUGGCCACAAUGGCCAUUGCGGGAUCAUCAUCCACGGAUAACGACAUUACUCCCGAGGAGGCUGAUGAUAUCGAGCAUCAUCAUGAGCCUGUACAUUCGAUCCCUGAGCCAAAGUGGACUGAUUUGUGUCCUGGAAUCCAAGUUGAAAUAUUCGAUAAUCUCCUUAAUUUUUAUAGGUGGAACGCUGCAUGCCAUAAGUUAGGUCUGUCCCUACAAGAACAGCAUGACCUUGAAGAGCAUAUCUCCGCUCGUAAUGAGCAACUCGAGCGAGAAGACUCGCAGUUAGAGUCUAUGCGGAGGAAGCAUCUUAGAGCUCUCUUGAAGAUUGACAAUAGUUUAAGGCACUCCUACGAUUCACAUCAGUUUGUUUUCUGCAAGAUCUCGCAAAAGGCCACUGGUCGUCUGCAAAGAAGUACUAAGCCGGACUACCUCUUGUGCCAUGCUAGUGAGGUCGCGAACGCCAGAAGAUAUUUGUACCAGCAUGGCAUGGAUCCAAAAUAUGCCGGGGACUGGGGUAGUUGUUUCAUUACGCCUCAGGCCAGUGGAGAUGAACGAGAUCCGGAAAUGAGUGGUCUGAAAUCGCAGCUAAAUCGUGGUCAAUAUAUGGAACUCAAAACUGGUACAACAGAUGGAUAUAUGGAUCUCAGUGCCAAGGAAAGGGCCCAUUCGAUCCCAAAUAAGCAGAUAUUCAUUAACACGAUUGGGGCGGCGUCGAUUGCUAAUCCGACGGAUUUGAAACUACGCACAGGUAACUUGAAUACGGCCCCAAGGUGGUUGAACCUUCUUUAUGAUCAGUCUAUACAUGGCUACCAGCCGGCGUUCCAAGAGAAUAAAUUAGUUCGUCUCAAGAUUGGUGUCAAGCGAGCCGCCCAAAUUCGUGAUGACAAACCCAUAACUUGCAUUCAGCCGGUGAAGUUAGUGAAGUGUUUCCCUCCCAUCGAUGCUGUUUACUAUGACCCGCCUUCGUGGAGUUCUGGGAUUACUCAGAAUACUACAGAGAGAUACAAUCCCCUAAUUCCUCAAAGACCUAGAUCAACAUCGAACAGUGCACCCCAGCCUCUACCAAGAACAAUGGGGAAUUGGCCAUAUGAUCCUGUCGAGCCCCAACCAACUACUUCUUCUAUGAGAUUCCAGCAGAGGUUGGAAGAGGCGCGCCAGGAAACUGAAAGGACAGAGAGACCAGGAGCGCAGCACCCUGCAGAGUGCAGAGGCUACGGGCCCUUUUCAACCCCAAUACAAAGUCUUGAAACUACAAGUUGGUCUUCUUCAACCUUCUCCGGAAGGAUUAUCUCUCCCAGCAGCUCAGGCGAGCUUUAUGGAGCAUCGGUGCUAAACCAAGGCGCAAGAUCUUCAACGACAGCUACUUCGGUUGAAACUUCUUCCUAUGGCUCUACGAGAGGAAUACCUGGUCCAGAAAUUGUGUAUUCGCCAAAUGCCCCCUCGAACUCCUCGCCUACUUGGCCAGAUGUUGCGAACAUCGUGCAGACGAAUGGGGAACGAGCAGCUCAACAAGGCGAAUAUGGAAUUUGUCCUCUUAAUGAUGAAAUGGUUCUUCCAUCUGCUGGACGAGCCAACUGUUAG